AUGAAAUCACUUGAGUUAACGGUAGACAAUAUCAAUGCUGUGUCAAUUGAAAUGGCAAGGAACAAGGAAAUGCUAAGGGAAAAUGUAAACCAUCUGAUAGGAUUUAUGCUGCAGAGCUUUCCAGAAAAGAAUGAACUUCUAAGCAAGAUCAAGGUGUUGAAUAUGUAUCACAAAGCAUCCAAGCAGAUAGACACCGAGCUAGAUGUGAUGGAUCAGAUCGCAUUGAAUGUGUUUACAGCGAAAGACAUAAUAGGAAAAGAGUUUAAUGCAAGUAUGAUCGAGUUGUUUAAGGACCCGAGUACAUUCUCAAGAGCAUUUGUUAUAUACUUUUUUAAAAACUGGAGUGCUAAGCAAGAAAGAAUUGAUCAAGCCAUGAAUGCUCUUUCAGAUCUUAUUCUUUCAGAAACAGGACUUAAAAGUAAAUUCUACGGGUUUAUGUCUGAGUUUGAAUUUACAGAAGAAAAUGCAGAAUGUGAAUACGAAGAUUCUAUUGAUGAUAUCAAUACAAGUGACAGCCACAGUGAUUCAAAUAUUCAGGUGGAUUGUGAAAAUCACAUGAAUGAUGAGCACACAGAUGCUUUUAAUAGUGAAGAUAGUGAAGAAAUCAAUAAGGUAAAUCAGAAUCUGUCUGUGAUUUUCAAAAAUAUGAAGAAGAAGAUAUCAUCAAAAUCAUUGGUAACGUGUGUCAAAGUUCUUGAUGCAAUUGAAGCAAUUAUUGAAAAUAACGUAUCAUGUAAGUAUGAUAUUGCUCCGGUUCUUAUGUUUAUUUCUUGUCACACUCAUAUCAGCUUAAUAUUUAAAAGAUCCAUGAAGCUCAUGAAGAUUGUGUUCAAACAUAGAGAGUGCACAGACAGGACACACUUAUUUGAAAUGUUUUGCAGCUUACUACAAGAAAACGAGGACAUGGUAAGAAUGACAAUGCUUAUUAUUGAUGUGUGCAAAGAAGAAUUUGACUGGACUGUGUUCUUCAGAUGCACUGAGACAAACAAAAAGAUAGAUCUUGGACUGAUAGACAGGAAGUAUUUCUCUCCUGCCUGCUUCUAUGAAUUCUUGAUUUUCACAGAAUUUCCAGAAAGAUACCUGAAGUUGGCCAAGCUCAUCAUCAAGAAUGAAUCGGACAUUGAAAUUCUCAAGGCCCUCAAAUGCUCAGUAAGAAGCAAUCUUGCUCCGCAAUACAAUCAACCACUCAUACAGGUUAUAACAUUCAGGAUUAAUUGUCUUACUCAAAGUAGUAACGGUACAGAUAUUGAAAGCCCAGAAAAACGAAUCAAAUCAGAAUACAAUAACACUAAUUGA